AUGCAUGCAUGCAUAUCCACCCAGUUACUUAUACCUGCAAAACUCCUUUUUCCGGCCCUGUCUCCUGGUGAGGACAUCAGCGAGGUCUUCGCCCUGACGGAGAAGAAAAGCGUGACCGUGAAGGAUCCACUGUCCAGGGGGCGUAUGGAGCACAACUUCACCUUCGAUCAUGUUUUUGCUCCGGAAGAUGGUCAAGAAGCAGUGUUCGAUGUGGUCGCAAAGCCGCUGGUGGACAACUUACUGAAUGGAUUUAACAGCUGCUGCUUUGCCUACGGUCAGACUGGCAGCUCGGUGUUA